GUACGCACCAGCAGGUCCUGGAAUCCGGCUCCUUCCCCGCCUCAUCUCUCCCGUCCCCCCCGUGUUCGUCUCUCUCUCCCCUUCUCUCUGUCGCACGUCUAGUUCGAAACCUACUCCACAAACGCCGCGGAUUUUAUAAGGUAUGUAGUUUGUUUCCACAAUCCUUGGAAUCUGGUUCGUCGAGUUGUGCCAUUGUGUGUGUGUCUACUUUCCUUAUAUCGUGGGUUUCGAUCGCAAGUAGGUUUUGCGGGGAUCAAUCGUAUCGAAUCGGUCGUUGCGGAAGGAAGAGAGAGGCCGGCGACGGCAUGGAUCGCGACGAGGAGAAGGGCCACGGCGACAGAUCGCUGCUCUUCAUAGGCGACGAGGACGACGACCUCGGCGUGGACCGGGAUGGCGGCUCGCCACCCUCGUCGGACUGCGCGGGAUCCUCCUUCUCCGACAGGAGCGACGACGGCGGUGACGUUGACGGUGCCGACGACGGCACUGGCACCGGCAGCGGUAGCGGCAGCGGCAGCGGCAGCGAUGCCGACGCCGACGCCGACGGCGACAAGGAACGCGCGCCCAACGUCGCCAGGCAGCAGGCCACGUGGCCGCAGAGUUACAGGCAGUCGAUCGACAUGUUGAGCGCCGUCCAGUCGCCGUCGGUGAGCACCAUCAUGGCGGCCAGCCCGAGCAUCACCAAGUUGGGGAGCUCUUUCCUCAAGGCCGGAAGCUCCUUCUUCCUCAAGAAGGGCGCCACCGAGGGCUCGCUACCCCUCACCCGGCCAUUGCUGCCGCCCUCUCUAUCGCAGCUGUCGCAGCAGCAGCAGCCCGCAGGGCGGCCGUCGACGGACAGCUUGCAGCCGCGGCCACCGGCUCCGCAGCCACCCGCGGUGCAGCAGAGGCCCUCUGCGGCGUGCCUGAAAUCCAACUACAUUGAGCUCCCACCGCCGUCCUCCAAGUGCAGCAGUGCACAGUCUAUCAUCAACGGCCUCAAUGUCCUGUGCGGUGUUGGAAUUCUCACAACGUGUUUCGGAAUCAAACAAGCAGGAUGGUUAAGCCUCCUCCUCCUUCCCUUGUUGGGAGCCUGUUCAUGCUACACCGGCUUGCUUCUCAAGAGAUGCAUAGACAGCUCGCCGACCAUCGAAACGUACCCUGAUAUCGGACGAGCCGCUUUCGGUACCCCGGGUCGAAUAUUUGUAUCGGUUGUCCUUUAUCUAGAGCUCUAUGCAUGCUGCGUGGAGUACAUCACACUGCUAGGAGACAGCUUGUCUUCAGUGUUUCCUUCUGCGCAUUUAGCUUUUACCGGCAUCUACUUGAACUCUCAUAACCUGUUUGCCAUAUCAAUGGCUUUGGCAAUUCUCCCAUCAGUCUGGCUCAGGAACCUCAGUCUCCUCUCCUAUCUUUCUGCCGGAGGCGUGGUUGCAACGAUUACAGUCGUUGUGUGCCUGUUUUGGGUUGGUAUUGGCGAUGGAGUUGGGUUCCACCCUUCUGGUAGUGCACUGAACCUGACCCACCUUCCACUGGCACUUGGCUUGUAUGGAUACUGCUUCUCAGGGCACUCGGUUUUCCCAAAUAUAUACUCAUCAAUGAAGGAGCGCUCGCAGUUCCCUUUUGUCCUCGUGUUCUGCUUUAUAGUGGUCACAAUUGUGUACUCUGGGGUCGCGGCCACAGGGUUUCUGAUGUUCGGCGAGUCCACAAUGUCGCAAUUCACACUGAACAUGCCACAGCAGUAUGUUCCCUCUAAAAUCGCCAUUUGGAUGACGAUUGUGAACCCAUACACCAAAUACGCCUUGACGAUGACACCGGUCGCCUUGUCGAUAGAGGAGGCUCUGCCUAAGAUGAUGCGAAAUUAUGUUGCAGGAAUGUGUGUUAGGACAGCUCUUGUCCUCUCGACUGUCGUCGUGGCUCUAUCUUUUCCAUACUUUGCCUUGGUGAUGGCAUUGCUUGGAUCUGUCUUCACAAUGCUAGUGGCCCUGAUCCUCCCUUGUGCAUGCUACCUCUCCAUCAAGCGGGACUUAGUACCUUUGUGGGAGGUGGUUUUGUGCAUAACAAUCAUAUUGAUUGGCUUCGGUUGCGCGUGCGUUGGAUCAUACACCUCGAUUAACCAGAUGAUAGGCGGCAGUUAGUAGGGAAGUGCCAGAGUGCAUCAGACCUGUGUGUAGUUGUUGCAGAUUCUUUUUCUUUUGAAAUUUCACGAAAUUGGAGAGGGCAGUUUUCCAUUUGUUGUAUGCUUUCCUUCGUUUGCAAUAUACAUCGCAAGAAAGGUUUUCGUAUUUUUACAGAAA